CAGCCCGUGUCCGGGUGAUGAUGAAGCCUCCAUGAUGAGCAGCAGCGGGGGAGCUCGACUGACAGUCUGUCGGACCAGUGCGUGUCUUUGUUGAUGGUCCCAUCCUGCGGCUGAACUUUGCCUCAUUGGCCCGUGGGCUUUUUAAACUUUCCCCCCCCGGAGUCGCCUCGGGGAGAAAUUUGCAUGUCCUUCAAACGCGUCUCGCCGCCUGCCUGCCUGGGAGCUGUUGUGUUUUUUUUUUCAGAAAGGGAAUUGUGACAAGUUAUAUCAAGGUGAACGGCAGCUUGUUACACAAUGCCCUGCGCGCUGCCCGCUCACUGAUCUGAGAGGAGUUUGUUUUGCGACGCUUCUGCUGAUUUUGUCCGUGCAUGCUGUGGAAGUGUGGGAACACACACUGAUGAGCUCCUGAAUCCGCGACCCCACCCUCCCUGAGCAACCUGCUGCACAGACUUCGUGUUAUCUUGCAGGUCUCCUCGGGUCAGCGUCAUGGCAGCCGGUGACACGGUGGUCUGGAGGGGGCUGAAGUGGGUGAAGCAGGCGGCCGGCAGAGCCUCACCGGGCGGCCUGACCUGCGCCGGGAGCCAGAGGCUGGUGAACUUCCAUCACUCCGUCGGGUCAGCAGGGGAGACGUUCAGCAGACAGAAGGAAGCCCACGGAGCCACGGCGGCGCCGUUCCACAGAUACUCGACCAUGGGCGCCGGUUUCAGCGCCAGUUUCGUUGGAACUGCGAACGUGGGCCAGGGCGGCUGCGGUGGGAGAUCUGGUACGAAGCGCCUGAGGGACCGCAGGGACUGGCCGGGACUGAUGGGACACACGAGGCUGUUCAACCAGGACAACUCCACGGUGGGGCGGCUCACACCGGAGGAUAUCAAUAAAGCGGCGAACGCCAAGAAAACGGACGUGAAGCAGCAUAAACAAGUGCUCAGUGAAAGAGCCCGGGAGAGGAAGGUGCCCGUCACACGGAUUGGAAGGCUGGUGAAUUUUGGAGGUCUGGCCGUCGGACUCGGCAUCGGAGCGAUAGCGGAAGUGGCCAAGAAGAGUUUCAAGCCCAAACAAGAAGGCGAUAAGAAGGCCAUCCUGGAUUCGAGCGCCUUCCUCUCCGAAGCCAACGCCGAGAGAAUCGUCCGGACGCUCUGCAAAGUUCGAGGAGCCGCUCUGAAGCUCGGACAGAUGCUCAGUAUCCAGGACGACGCCUUCAUCAACCCUCAGCUGGCUAAGAUCUUCGAGCGAGUUCGACAGAGCGCGGACUUCAUGCCCACCAAGCAGAUGAUGAAAGCCAUCAGCAGUGAUCUCGGCCCAAACUGGAAGGACAAGCUGGAGUACUUUGAGGAGAAGCCGUUUGCAGCUGCGUCCAUCGGUCAGGUGCAUUUAGCCAGGUUGAAGGACGGCAGAGAGGUAGCCAUGAAGAUUCAGUACCCCGGAGUCGCCAAGAGUAUCGACAGUGACGUGAACAAUAUCAUGACCGCUCUGAGUUUGAGCAACGCGCUGCCUGAAGGUCUGUUUCCUGAGCACCUCAUCGAGGUCAUGAGUCGGGAGCUGGCGCUGGAAUGCGAUUACGUAAGGGAGGCCAAAUGUGCCAAAAAAUUCCAGGAGCUGCUGAAGGAUCACCCGUUCUUCUAUGUCCCCGACGUGAUCGACGAGCUGAGCAGCCCGCACGUCCUCACCACGACGCUGGUGCCCGGUUUCCCUCUGGACCAGGCCACGGACCUCUCUCAGGAUCUCAGGAACGAGAUUUGUGAGCAGAUUUUGAUUUUGUGCCUGAGGGAGCUGUUUGAGUUUAGGUACAUGCAGACCGAUCCCAACUGGUCCAACUUCUUCUUCGAUCCACAAACUCAUAAGGUUGCUCUGUUGGAUUUUGGAGCCACGAGAGGAUUCGACAAGAGCUUCACCGACAUUUACAUUGAGAUCAUUAAAUCGGCUGCAGAGCAGAACAGAGAAGGUGUGCUGCUGAAAUCCAGAGACAUGAAGUUCCUCACAGGAUACGAGUCCAAGGCGAUGGAGAACGCCCACGUGGACGCGGUGAUGAUCCUCGGGGAGGCCUUCUCCUCCUCCGAGCCCUUCGACUUCGGCUCUCAGAGCACCACGGAGCGCAUCCACAGCCUCAUCCCGGUGAUGCUGAGGGAGCGCCUCACGCCUCCGCCCGAGGAAACCUACUCCCUCCACAGGAAGAUGGGCGGCUCCUUCCUCAUCUGCUCCAAACUCAAGGCGAAGAUCCCCUGCAAGAACAUGUUCCAGGAGGCCUACAACAACUACUGGAAGGACGGAGGGCCUCCGCCUGCACGCUGAACGCCGCUCUUCUUAAAAGCAUGCUCAAACCGGGACUUUCUAGGAUUGUUUGUGGUAUGUUGAACAAUUUAACUCACACAUUCUUAUCUGCAAAGAUAUAUUUUUUGGACGACCUGGACCAGAAGUCGUUCUGGUAUUUUUUUUUUUUAUUCAUAUCUGCUUCACACUCAGUGGCUCACUCUGACCAGGACUUCCAUCCAGACUAACUCUAGCUUCAACCCUCUAAAACAAAGUGUGCAUAUCAUUUAAAUGACUGAAUUGUUUUUGUGUGUGUAUUUGUAGUAGGAGGAGGAUUGUGGGGGGCGGGGGGGGUUGUCAGUUGAAAUAAAUUGACUGAUGCUGCAAAGAGAAACCAAAACACGUUCUGCUCCAGAGCUGAAAUGUUCACGCAGGCUGUUUAUUUCAAGGUGCAGAUGAAGAUAUGUGCAGAGACACGGAUGCCGUCGUCAGACGAGGUCUUAAUAUUCAUGAAUAUGAUCUGUCGGGAAGAAACUUUUAGAUUGUUUAAAAUAAUUGUAAAAAAAAUGGUCAUUUAUAGACUAAAUAAGAAUAAAUCCUUUCUUCUUGUGCA